CUCGCCACGAGGUCCCUCCCCGGAACUUCCUGGACCGUGCCAGUGCAGCUGGUGUCUCUGGAGCUCGAGUUGCCGCCCGCGAGCACUGAAGACAAUGGCCAAGAACAAAUUAAGAGGACAGAAAUGCAGGAAUGUAUUCCACAUAGCCAGCCACAAAAACUUCAAAGCUAAAAACAAAGCAAAACCAGUUACUACUAGCCUUAAGAAGAUAAACAUUGUGAAUGAAGACAAGGUGAACAGAGUGAAUAAAGCUUUUAUAAAUAUUCAAAAGGAACUUGCACACUUCGCAAAGCGCCUUUCUCUGGAACCUCUACAAAAAGAGCUGAUUCCUCAGCAGAGUCAUGAAAAUGAACCUGUAAAUGUUGAUGAAGCUACAAGAUUAAUGGCUCAGUUGUGAUGCAGUGGUGAUGUAAUUCCCCCCAAAAGAUCAAUAAAUUAAAUAUUUUAUACAA